UGGCUCCCUCUCCAGGCAUCCAGGCCAGGCCCCAGGGCUUCCUCCUCCCCCAGUGACAUUUCCCAACCCCAAUUAAUCACAGGGUGGCCCCAGGGAGGAGGAAGGAGAUGGCAUGGUGAACCAUAAAGAAGCAGGGACACCAGAGCCAGAUGCCAGGACCCAGGCGCCCAGAGGUCAUGCAGCUGGGAUUUGUGUGUGCUCUGCUUUCUCUCCUGGCAGGGAACAGCUGGGCAGACACCAGAGCCAUUGGGGCUCAGGAAUGCCACCCCAACUCGCAGCCCUGGCAGGCAGGCCUCUUCUUCCGCACGCACCUAUUCUGCGGGGCGACCCUCAUCAGUGACCGCUGGCUGCUCACAGCUGCCCACUGCUACAAGCCGUAUCUGUGGGUCCGCCUCGGGGAGCACCACCUCUGGAAAUGGGAGGGCCCAGAGCAGCUGUUCCGGGUCACGGACUUCUUCCCCCACCCUGGGUUCAACCAGGACCUUAGAGCCCAAGACCACAAUAACGACAUCAUGCUGAUCCGUCUGCCCAGGAAGGCACGCCUGGGACCUGCCGUGCAGCCCCUCAACAUCAGCCAGACCUGCGUCUCCCCGGGCACCCAGUGCCUCAUCUCAGGCUGGGGGGCCGUGUCCAGCCCCAUAGUGGAGUACCCACUCACGCUGCAGUGCGCCAACAUCAGCAUCCUGGAGCCCAGACGCUGCCGGCUGGCAUAUCCCGGCCAAAUCUCCAAGCGCAUGCUCUGUGCCGGCCUGUGGGAGGGUGGCCGCGGCUCCUGCCAGGGCGACUCUGGGGGCCCCCUGGUUUGCCAUGGGACUCUGGCUGGUGUGGUGUCUGGGGGCUCCGAGCCCUGCUCCCGACCUCGGCGCCCUGCCGUCUAUAGUAGCGUUUGCCACUACGUGCGCUGGAUCAGAAAGACGAUGGAGGAAUACUGAGCCCUCGUGCCUUGGAUGACGCGGGGCGGGGCACAGGGUGGGGGGGUCCAGCCUCCAUGGUCUCCACCUGUGCCCUCAGCUGUCCUGGAGAGGAGCCUUCUGGAUACUUAGGCUCCGCCCCCUUGGGAUGGAGCAGGAAGACAGACACUUGCAGCCUCCUGGUUCCAGCUCUAAGACUUCAGCAAGAACUAUACCACCUUGUGGAACAGCACCACCUGGUGGCUCAACCCCAGGAUGGCAAUAGCCCCGCCCCUCGGAACUUUGCCCAAUGAGAGGUGCCAGCCGGACUCCAGCCCGUGUGGCCCCGCCUUCUCCUUUGUCAGAGUCCCCGCCCCGUGACGUCACGGGUGCUACAGCCCCGCCCCCCCAAUUGGCGAGCAGGAAAGAUCUGGUCACGCCCCUUGCAGCCCUGCUUUGGGCCUGGGUUUGAAUCCUGCCCUGGACCAUCUGGGUGAAGUCCAGGGGAGAGUCUGGGUUUCUUCAGAUCGAAUGGGUGGUUUUGCAAUAAAUGCAUGGAGCCCUU